AUGCAUUCAGCUAUCCUGGCCACCUUCUUCUUGUUGAGCUGGACUCACUGUUGGUCCCUGCCCCUUUCCUAUGGUGAUGAUGAUGAUGAUGACUUGUCUGAGGAAGAACUUGAGUUUGCAGAGCACUACUUGAAAUCAUACUACCAUCCUGUGACUCUUGCGGGAAUCCUGAAGAAGUCUACAGUGACCUCUACAGUUGAUAGGCUCCUAGAAAUGCAGUCUUUCUUUGGCUUAGAGGUGACUGGCAAACUUGAUGAUGCCACCUUAGACAUCAUGAGAAAACCAAGAUGUGGAGUGCCUGAUGUGGGUGAAUACAAUGUUUUCCCUCGAACACCCAAAUGGUCCCAAACGAACUUAACUUACAGAAUUGUGAACUAUACCCCUGAUAUGUCCCAUUCUGAAGUGGAGAAGGCAUUCAGAAAAGCCUUCAAGGUCUGGUCUGAUGUGACACCUCUGAAUUUCACCAGAAUCCAUGAUGGCACUGCUGAUAUCAUGAUAUCUUUUGGAACUAAAGAACAUGGUGACUUCUACCCAUUUGAUGGGCCUUCUGGUCUUCUGGCACAUGCUUUUCCUCCUGGACCAAACUAUGGCGGGGAUGCCCAUUUUGAUGAUGAUGAAACCUGGACAAGCAGCUCCAAAGGCUACAAUUUGUUUAUUGUUGCUGCCCAUGAGCUUGGCCACUCCCUAGGUUUGGACCACUCCAAGGACCCAGGAGCCCUGAUGUUUCCUAUCUAUACCUACACCGGCAAACAUCAUUUCAUGCUUCCUGAUGAUGACGUUCAGGGAAUCCAGUCUCUCUAUGGUCCAGGAGAUGAAGACCCCAACCCUAAACAUCCCAAAACACCAGAGAAAUGUGACCCAGCCCUAUCCGUUGAUGCUAUUACCAGUCUCCGAGGAGAAACCAUGAUCUUUAAAGACAGAUUCUUCUGGCGUCUGCAUCCUCAGCAGGUUGAGGCUGAGUUGUUUUUGACAAAGUCCUUUUGGCCAGAACUUCCCAACCAUGUGGAUGCCGCAUACGAACAUCCGUCUCGUGACCUUAUGUUUAUCUUUAGAGGGAGAAAAUUCUGGGCUCUGAAUGGUUAUGACAUUCUGGAAGGUUAUCCCAGAAAAAUAUCUGACCUUGGAUUUCCAAAAGAGGUGAAGAGGCUGAGCGCUGCAGUUCACUUUGAGGACACUGGGAAGACCCUCUUCUUCUCCGGGAACCGCGUGUGGAGUUAUGAUGAUGGUAACCAGACUAUGGACAAAGAUUUUCCCCGCCUCAUAGAAGAGGAAUUCCCUGGAAUUGGCGACAAAGUAGAUGCUGUCUAUGAGAAAAACGGCUAUAUCUACUUUUUCAAUGGGCCCAUACAGUUUGAAUACAGUAUCUGGAGUAAUCGCAUUGUGAGAGUCAUGCCAACAAAUUCCUUAUUGUGGUGUUAAGCAUCUUUCAAAGUUGUUAUUUCUCUCCCAGAGAGUAUUUGGGCUACUUUCAGAUGUAUGGGGUGGGGGGUGGAGAU